GCCAAAAGUAAUAAAAAGCACUGAAAAACAGAUGAUGAACUCAGAACUACUCUCCUUGUUCUCUCUGCGCAAGACUAAACAAAGAUAUUCUUUCCUUGAGAUUCAGGACCAAGAAAAGCAAAAACCUUUAUUGGAUUGCUAAGAUAGGUAAUUAAUUAGUCAUCCAAACUUCCAAGAAGCUAUGUCAUCUUUUCCUUCUAAUCCUUCGAACCCGAGAUCCAUCUUAGUGGGAAUGACUUCUCGUUUAGAGGAGUUGAGCUCAUAUAUGGAUACAAGAUCGCAGGAUGUUCUUAUGAUAGGAAUUUGUGGAAUGGGAGGUAUAGGAAAGACAACCAUUGCAAGAGCUUAUUACAAUUCCGUAUCUUAUCAUCAGUUUGAGGGUAAGGCCUUCCUUUCCAGUGUUAGAGAAGUUUCAUCUAAAGGUGGCCUAGUCUCUUUACAAGAACAACUUCUUUCAGAAAUUCUUACGGAGAAAAGGGUUAAAAUAUGGAAUAUAUAUAAUGGAAUGGACAUGAUAAAAAGGAAGCUUCGCUUCAAAAGGGUCUUGAUUGUUAUGGAUGAUGUGAAUGAACUAAAUCAGUUGCAAAAACUAGCCGGAAAAAAUGAUUGGUUUGGCCCAGGGAGUAGAAUUCUUAUCACUACUAGAGAUGAGCAUUUGCUUAAUGGUCAUGGAGUGGAUCAAAUAUACAAGGCUAAAGGACUAGAUGAUAUUGAAGGCCUUCAACUUUUAAGUCUAAGGGCCUUCCAAAAUCACCAUCCUUCAAAAGAAUAUAUGGGGUUGUCAUGUAAGGUGGUAGAUUACGCCAAUGGCCUUCCAUUAGCCCUUGAAGUUUUGGGUUCCUUCUUGUUUGGUAAGACUUUGGAUGAAUGGAGAACUGCAUUAGAUAGGAUGAAAGAAAAUCCUGAGAAACGAAUUUUGGAUACACUUCAAAUAAGUUUUGAUGGGUUAGAAGAUACGGAAAAACAAAUAUUCCUAGAUAUAGCAUGUUUCUUCAAAAAAAAGGAAAAAGAUCUUAUAAUAAAGAUAAUGGAUAGCUGUCAUUUCUAUCCUGAUAUUGGAAUAAGAGUUCUAAUUGAUAGAUCUCUCAUAACCAGUGUUGGUCAAAGAUUGUCGAUGCAUGAUUUGCUACAAGAAAUGGGUUGGAAAAUUGUUCGCCAAGAGUCUCCAAAAGAACCAGGAAGACGCAGUAGGCUGUGGCUUUAUGAGGACAUCUUUCAUGUCUACACCGGAAAUACGGGAACAGAAGAUGUUGAAGGCAUUGUGCUAGACUUGCAAAGACCAAAAGUAGCAUCAUUAAAUUCUAAAGCUUUCUUGAAGUUAAACAAACUCAGAUUGCUGAUAUUUCGUAAUGUGAACUUCUCUGCAUAUCUUGAAUAUCUUUCUAAUGACUUGCGAUUUCUCGAAUGGCAUGGGUAUCCUUUCAAAGAAUUUCCAGAAACCUUCCAGUCUAAGGAGCUAGUUGAAAUUAACAUACGCUAUAGCAAGGCUAAACAACUUUGGAAGGGUGUAAAGCAAUUUCCUAAGUUAAAAAUCUUGGAAGUCAGUCACUCCCAAAAUCUUAUCAAGACACCAGAUUUUAGAGGGACUCCGAAUCUUGAAAAGCUUAUUCUUGAAGGUUGCAUAGAGCUUCAUGAGAUUGACCAAUCUAUAGGGAUUCUUGAUGGACUAGUGUUAUUGAACUUCAAAGACUGUAAAAAGCUUAAAAGUGUCCCAAGCAGUCUAUAUGACUUACGAGCCCUUAAAAUUUUAAAUCUAUCUGGUUGUUCGAGACUUGAUUAUAAGCUGGAGGAAUUGGAAUGCAUGGAAAGUUUAGAGGAGCUUGACUUAAGUCGAACAACAAUAAAGCAACCAUCUGUUUCUCUCUCACUCUUCAAGAAUCUUAAGAUGUUGUCACUCAGUGGGUGUCAAAAUCAAUUGCCUGAAACUGGGAGAUCCCUCUUAUCAUUUUUGCCAGUAAAGGGCUCAAGUAUGAUGAGUUUUUGCUCUCUAAUAUGGUUGGAUCUAAGUUAUUGUGGUCUGCAGGAAGACAUAGUCCCUAGCUACCUACCCUCUUUAGCUGCAUUAGAUCUGAGUGGAAAUAAUUUCCACAGCCUACCUGCAAGUAUCAAUGCAUUUCCUAAGCUUGAAGACCUCUCCUUGAACGAUUGCAAGAUGCUUCAAACAUUGCAAAAACUUCCAUCAAACUUGAAUUAUGUAACAGCACAAGCAUGCACUUCAUUGGAAACGUUAGACCUAUGCAGUUUGCAAACUUCUCGAUUAAAUCUUUCUAAUUGCUUCAAGCUGGGUGGGAAUCAAGGUCACAACAGCUUUGUGUUUACAAUGCUUAGAAAAUACCUCCAGGGCUAUCUCUCUUUCACCCAUAAAGAAUAUCAAAGUUCUCCUAUGGUACCCAGGAAAUAUGAUUCAAGACCUAAAUUCGACGUUGUUGUUCCUGGAAAUGAAAUUCCAGAGUGGUUCAGCCAUCAAAGCUUGUGGCUUUCUAAGAAUUACUACUCUUCAGAAACUAUACAACUGCCACCAGGGUUUAUUGAUAGCAAGUGGAUUGGCUUUGUUGUUUUUGCAAUUUUUGCAAUCAAAGAUCGAGAUACCUCUAGCUUCUAUGAUUUAGAUCUUGCUUGUUCUAUUAAAAUCAUGAACCACAAGUGGGAGCAUGAACUUGACAGUCGUUGUUUAUCAAUGGUGCACCAUCUUGAAUCAGAUCACACUUGGCUUUUCUAUUUGUCUGGCAAUGAGUUACUAGAUAUUACAGUUUCACAGGAUACGAUCAAGACAGCUAGUCACAUUGAGGUUAUGUUCAGUGCACAUGGUACAGGGUUGCAUGUGAAGAAAUUUGGAGUGCAUGUAGUAUACGAGGAAGAUGUGUUAGAGUCCAGACAAAUAGUUGAUUGUCCUGAAGAUGAGAACACAGAACUUGGUGGUGGUGCCUUCACUAAGCGAAUCCAUGAAAAUAGAAGAGGCUGCUUCGACGAUGAACCACAAGCUAAGAGAUCAAAAUUGCCCCAGUAAAGGGAACAGAAGAUGUUGAAGGCAUUGUCCUAGACUUGAAAUAACCGAAAGAGACAGCACCGAGUGCCAUAGCUUUCUUGAUGCUGAACAAACUCAGAUUGCUGAUAUUUCGUAACAUGAACUUCUCUGCGGGUCUUGAAUAUCUUUCUAAUGACUUUCAAUUUCUCAAAUGGCAUUGGUAUCCUUUCAAAGAAUUUCUAGAAACCUUCCAAUCCAAGGAGCUUAUUGAAAUUAAUAUAUGCUACAGCAAGCUAAACAACCUUGGAAGGGUGUAAAGGUAUAAAAGCAGUUCAUUGUUUUUCUUUUUGAUAAAAAGAAAAAAAAAAAAUUCUAUUUUACCAUUCUAAACAUGUAGUUUCUGUUGUUGUCAUCGUUAACGUGCAGAAAUUCAACAAGUUGAAAAUCCUGAAACUCAGUCACUACCAAAAUCUUGUCAAGUUGAUUCUUGAAGGUUGUGUAGAACUUUAGGAGAUUGACCAAUCUAUUGGAAUUCUUGAUGGGCUAGUUUUAUUGCAUUUGAAAGAUUGCAAAAAAUUUGAAAGUAUUUUCCAUGUUGAAAUUUCUGACAGGUUCAGUUCGAUCCAAGUCUACAUGUGGUGAGAGUGCUGAAUUUUAAAAUAAUUAAACUUGUUGUGGUGAUCUUUUCCAAAAUGCUCUUUGCCCUCCACUUAACUUAUAAAUCCUCCUUCUCCUCUUUCCCAUUUACAAUGUGGGAUUUGCUCCCACUUUCUUUCUUUUUCUUUUUUCAACACUCACCUCAAGUUACAAUUGGCUGACUUGCCUUAAAUCUCAAAGGUUUCAUGUCUCUCUUAUUAUAAUUGCCUAAAUUUAUAGGCCUCUUGAAUCUCAGAAGCCAUAGAACUUUCAAUAUUUUGAACUAGAUCUUUCUCAUUGAGCCUCUAUUUUUGGGCCUCUAUUCUUGAGUUUCAGGUCUUGAGCCUUAGAUGUUUGGAUUUUUCU